AUGUCAAGUUUGCCGGAGGACCAACUGAACCAGCUCCGGGAAAUAUUUACAAGAUUCAACCUGGACAAAGACGAGUCCCACACCCACCUUGAGGUGGCGGCCCUACUCCGCUCUCUUGGCCUGAAACCAACCAGAGAGCAUAUCCAUAAGCUGUUCAAGAACAUGGAUUCUGAUGGUUGCGAGACUGUCAAGUUUAAUGAAUUGGUAAGCGCCAUGUCAUCGCAGAUGAUGAACGAAGAUAUUUUGAUCAAUCAACAUGAGCUUCUGCAGAUCUUUCAAUCGUUUGAUAGGCAAAAUCCAUUACGCCGGCUGAGCUGGCAAAAUCCAUGA